GCUCCGGAGGCGGUGCUCGGAACGCUGCCAGGAGGGCGACGCGGCGGUCGCAGCAAUGGGUGCUGGGCCUUCGGGGGUGCGCAUGGGGCUCGGGGAACGGCCGGGAGCGGCUGAAGAGACCGUUGCCGGGACUGGCCCUUGACGCUGAACUGCGGUGGGGUCCCCGCAGGCGCUGCGAGGGCCCUUGAGCGGGAGCGGGGAGCAUCGGAGGAACCGGGCCGCUGCCGGCCACUUCAGGGGCCCGCCUGACCGUUGGGUGGAUCGACAGUGCCGUGUGGGCACCUCUGGGGGUGGGGUGACCCUCCUGGCACGUUUCGGGGGCCGGGGCGCCUCCGCAGGGGCCGACGCACAUCCCAGGGGGGGCACCGCCGGGGCCCAGCGCUGCCUCGGCCAGCCCCGGGGCGCCCCUGGAUGGCUGAGCUGCCCUCUCGCCGGCCGCCCGGGCGCCGCAGCGGCUGAGCUCGCUGGGAUCGCCGGGCCGCCGCCGCCCUCGCCGCCCCCUGCAUGCCCGGCGCCCGGGUCGCGGCCCACCUGGACGCGCUGGGCCCCUUGGUCCCUUCCGUGCCGCCGCCCCUGCUGCCCUCUAUGUUCUACGUGGGCCUGUUCUUCGUCAAUGUGCUGAUCCUAUACUACGCCUUCCUCAUGGAGUACAUCGUCCUUAACGUGGGCCUCGUAUUCCUGCCCGAGGACAUGGACCAGGCGCUCGUGGACCUCGGCGUGCUCUCCGACCCCGGCUCGGGCCUCUACGAUGCCGACUCGGAGCUCGACGUCUUCGAUGGUUACUUGGAGUAGGCCUGGCUGCUGUCCCCCGCUCUCCCCACGACCCGCAACCCUCGGCCCGGACCGGAGCACGAGCCAUGCCGCCGCUGCUGUUUGAGGGCACCGUCUGGCCAGGGAUGGGACUCCCAGGACGAGGCCCUCUUCGGCCUCCGAGGCCUGCCUGCUCCCCUCGAAAGCCCUGUGCCAACAGAGAGGUGCCCGUCCAGACCCAGGAUGGUGGGACACAGAGAUUGAGACUGGGUGCCGAGGUCCGGAAGGCACGCGCCCCUGCCCAAAGGGUAAGGCAGGGGCGCCCGGAGACCUUGCCCGCCUGCAGCGUCGCGCAAACGGCCUUGCCUUGGCUUCCGAGCUUUCGCCGUUGCAAUGGAUGUUUACAGGAACCCAGCCAGAGUCUGCCUCCCUGCUCUUCACCCCCGGCUGCAUCUGCUUCUCCCACUUAAUCUUCAGAGCGGACAUUUCACACACAAAAGCGACUCCCAGCUCUGUUUGGUGCCAGUGGAGCUCUAAGCCCAACGGGGUUUGGCCCGAGGCCGGGCUUAGAUGCAGCCAUUGUUUCAGAGAGUGACUCAGAGGAAAAGAAGAACACCUGGGGGACCGAGGGUGGGGUUUUGACUCAUUCAUUUCAAAUUGUUUGCUCUCCAUCAAGUUGCCAGAACUGAUACAUUGCACCGGGGACAGUGCUCCUCCAGCCAGAAAUAUUUUUCGAAAAUGUGAGUGGUAUGAAUACUUGACUUCGAUAAACCUGUAAAAGCAAUACUUAGGAGGCUAACUUCUUUCAAUUAAAAAAAUGUAUGCAACUCCAACCCCUGGGGCCCUGCGGGGGUGGGGGGUGUUUGCUUUGUUCUUUUCCUUUGAGAUUCCGGAAAGGAGUCCUCAUGGAGAACGUCAUGGUUGAGAAAGGGCAGAAGGGUCAGGGCCUCCCCAGUUGGAGAUCCAGUGGGGUUUGGAGAGUCUGUCCAAGCUGCGUUGGUGUCGGAGUCCCAACCCGGCCCCCUCCCGGCUUCCACGAGCCUGACAAGCAAGGGCCCACCUUGGUUGUGGAGGGAAAGUCCUGGUGGCCAAGCUGAAAAUCAGGCCUGAAUCCCAGAGCAGUCGGAGGUGGGGAUCCCCUGUGCUGGGCACAUGGUAGAUCUCCCCUAAAGAUGAGGGGAGUGGGCGGGUGAGGGAAGGAGCAAACGAACGACUGAAGUUGGGUCCACGUGCAGUAAUUCUCCCCGUUUGCAGAACAGCUGAUGCUUUUCAAAGUACCUUCACGUAUAUACUGUGUUGAACAAGGAAUGGGUGGUCAGCUCCAUUCUACAGGUGAGGAGACCAAAGUGUGGGAGAGGAAAGGUCCAGCAGAACUCAAGAGAAGGCAGUUACAUACCACCUGUCCUCAUGUGAUUCUAAGAAGGGUUGCUAAGGAAUGUGAACUGGAAGACAUUCAAGACAAAGGGGAGCAGGAGAAGGGAGACAUUUCUUUGGGAGAGAGGCCUGAGGGGAAAGGCAAGGGUUUAAAAGGUGCAUGGCCUUGAUGUCCACUGAACGUGGAACCAUGCCGUCAAUGGACAGUGUGUCUCCAGACGUCAGCUGCCUUGAUUCCUCUGGGCCUCCCUUCUCCCACCCAGCAAAUGGGGAGCAAUUCCAGCAUUUG